UGUUUCUUCCCGCCCUCCAAGGGAAGCGUGGCUACUUAUUUAUGCAGCGCUCUGACCGGCUCUGAUAUCAAAAUUCAGUGAAGAUGGACGUCGCAAAGAAUAUCGCAGACGAGCUGAACCGUGGCCGUUACACCGAAAAUGUUUUGAAGUACUUCUUCGAAAAGCCGGAUGAUUAUGAACAAGCGCUUACUGAUUCUGAAGACGAUCUGAGCGACGAUGAAAGCAGCAUAAUAAGACUGAAUAAUAUCCCUAAUCUGCAACUGAGCGAAGAUGAAGACGAGGAAGAAUGUAUCGGACUGGCGUCAGACGAGUUGGACCGUAAGAUAUCAGAGGCUAUAUCGAUAGUAACAUUUGAUGGGGAUAAAGACAGAGAAAUGGUGAAAAUCCGUAACUUUGACUGUAAAUGCUGCACGAGGAGAAAAGAGAACUCUCUGCAUGGGAGACAGUCAUGUAGCCAGAAGCUUUCUCCAGAUAUUAUGUACAACAUACGGCUGGAUUCUUUAGCUGCGGAAAAAGAGUGGCAGGACAUGCGAAUUAUUGGACAUUUAGAGGCAAACAGACGCACAGUGCAAACUUCGGAGAUGGUUACAUCCACAAAGAAGACACCGACACAGAGAAAGUGUGCCCGAACGACUUAUUUCAUUGGAGGCAACGAGAUCUGCAAGAAUACUUUUCUGUUUCUUAUGGGCAUUGGCAAAGACACCCUGGCUGAUAUAGUCAAACACUAUGAGGAGAAUGGCGCAAGACCACGUUUGAGGAAGAAGCACUCACUGCCACGUCCGCCAGCCAGGUUCAUCAGGCCUGAGGAUAUCAACAGAGUUGUGGACUUCAUAAAAAACUAUGCAGAAGACAAUGCCAUCAUGCUGCCUGGCCGACAGCCUGGGCAUAAGGAUUGGCAUGUGAAGUUGCUGCCAACUCAUGUGUCCAAGGCCUCAGUGUGGCGUCUCUACGUGAAGUCUGCUAAGGAGCUUGGUGAGCGUGCAGUUUGUAAAACCAGCUUCAAAGCACUGUGGGACCGACUUCUCCCACACAUCAAAAGUUGCCGGCCACGCACAGAUCUCUGCUGGCAGUGCCAAAGCAAUAAUGAGCAGCUGAUACGAAGUGCAAACCUCCCAGAUGACAGAAAGUCUGAAGCAGUAAAGAAGCAACAAGAUCAUCUUUCCCUUGUGCAGAAAGAGAGGGCUGUGUACAAUGACAUGACUGCUGCCUGCAAAAAGAUUUGCUCUGGCUCUAACCUGUCUUUUGGACCGUCCCUACCAGCAAGCAAGAAGAUUAGGAUGCAUUACAGUUUUGAUUUUGCUCAGCAGUUACACUUUCCCUCAAACCCUCUCCAGCCAGGACCAAUGUACUUCCUGACCCCACGGAAAUGUGGCCUAUUUGGUGUUUCCUGUGAAGGGCUGCAGAAACAGGUGAAUUACCUGAUUGAUGAAGGCAUGUCAUCUACUAAGGGAAGCAAUGAAGUCAUCAGCUACAUGCAUCAUUUCUUCGGCAACUUUGGAGUUGGAGAAACAGAGGUGGAUCUUCAUUGUGACAACUGUAGUGGACAGAACAAGAACAACUUCAUGCUCUGGUACCUUGCCUGGCGGGUUGGACACAAGCUUCACGAUAAAAUUGAAAUCCACUUCCUUAUUGCUGGCCACACCAAGUUUUCCCCUGACUGUGGCUUUGGACUCAUCAAGCAAGCCUACAUGAAGACAAGAGUCAACACUUUGGCAGACAUCGCUGAGGUUGUGGAAAACAGCUCUCCUGUGAGUCACCUCAAUAUCCCACAGCUUGUUGGAACGGCAGAGGGCAAAGUUUUAGUCCAGACCUUCGACUGGCAGCAGCAUCUGACUCACCACUUCCGUAGACUCCCACAGAUCAAGAGUUAUCAGCACUUCAGCUUUGAUGCCAAGAGACCAGGUGUGGUGCUUGCAAAAACUCACUGUGAUGCACAACCUGUCGAAUAUCAGCUACUGCGCGACGGAGCAGAUCUGCCCUCUAUCGACGGUCUUUCUGUCCUGGCCCCACCUGGACUGAACAUUGACAGGCAGACCUAUCUGUAUGAAAAAAUCAGGCCAUUCUGUGCUGACGAGGCAAGAUACAUCACAUGCCCAGCGCCAAGGGUCACAACACAGAAGAGACCGCGAAUGUAAUAUCAUUGGACUGUGUCACAAAGACCUUUGUCUUAUGCUGCUAUUACCAAGUAAAAGUGGUACUUUUGGUACAUACUUGGAUUCAUACUCAUGCCCUGGAAAGUUUUUGAAAAUAAACAUACAUAGAUAC